AUGUGUGGCUCAUCGUCAUUUCACAUGAUAUUUAGUGUUAUAUUCAUGUGUUUGCUCUUUGGUGGUCUUUGUGAGCAUAUAUCCGUGGACAUCAUCAAUGAUAUUGGUCCAAACGUUCAACUGGGACUACACUGCAAAUCGAAGAACAAAGAUCUCGGAUCACAAUCUUUAACCUUUCAUCAACACUAUGGAUUCAGAGAAUCUCUUAACUUUUGGGGCACGACUCUGUUUUUUUGUCAUUUUCAAUGGGGAAAUCAGUCUAAAUGGUUUGAUAUUUUUGUGGUGGCCAGAGAUUUAAAAACAUGUGAAGGUCAUCCGUGUGUUUGGAGUAUAAGACCUAGUGGCCCAUGUAGAUUAACGGGUAAAGAAACAUGUUUCCCAUGGAAUACUAAUCAGUAUUGA